CGAAGCCGCGCGCGCGGCUGCGCCUAUAAAAGUCUCCCUCAGCGCUCCAAUGGACUUUUAAUGUGAGUGCAGAUUCAUAGGCGGACUGGAAGACAGCUGCUAAUUUACCGUCUCUCCUACACGGUCCAACAUGAUAACAGGAGCAUAAACUUUUCUCUUCGUCUGUAUUUUAGAUAUCUUAAAGAACAAUGCCAGAGCAAAGCAACGAUUACCGUGUGGUUGUGUUCGGGGCUGGCGGGGUCGGCAAGAGUUCCCUAGUCCUGCGUUUCGUGAAGGGAACUUUCCGCGAGAGCUACAUCCCUACCAUUGAGGACACGUACAGGCAGGUAAUCAGCUGUGACAAAAGCAUCUGCACCCUUCAGAUCACAGACACCACAGGCAGUCAUCAGUUCCCUGCAAUGCAACGCCUAUCCAUCUCCAAGGGUCACGCCUUCAUCCUGGUCUACUCCAUAACCAGCAAGCAGUCUCUGGAGGAGCUAAAGCCCAUCUUUGAACAGAUCUGCCAGAUCAAAGGCGAUGUGGAGAGCAUUCCUAUCAUGUUGGUGGGCAACAAAAUUGAUGAGACCAGUGGCCGUGAGGUGGAGACCAGCGACGGCGAGGCCAUGUCCAAGAGGUGGAAGUGUGCCUUCAUGGAGACUUCAGCCAAAACCAACCACAAUGUAAAAGAGCUCUUCCAGGAGCUGCUGAACCUGGAGAAGAGCAGGACUGUCAGCCUCCAGAUCGAUGGCAAAAAGAACAAGCAACAGAAACGUGCCGAGAAGCUAAAGGGAAAGUGUGUUGUCAUGUGAGGCAUCAAAAGAGGACGUGUCUGGAUUCAGUCAGAGGGAAACAUAGGACAUUCAAGCUUUCACAACGUAGCAGUUCUGACUAACACCUUUCCCACCGCACAAAGAAAGAUAUGCAUGUUUAUCCAUAACAAUUUGUCUUGGGACAGGCGACUUGUUGAGUGAAAGGAUUGUUGGGGUUCACUGACAGUUAUUUUACAAAAAAAAAAAAAAAGAACCUCAGAGAACCGUUCUGAAAUUAAGCUGCUUUAAACCCUGUGCUGCUCUGAAAGACAUUAUUCCCUGAGCUUGUCACAAAUAGGAUUCAGUCUCACAAUCUUGCAAGUUGGCACUAGAUGUUAGUACAUGACAGCAGUGUUUAAUGCUUUGCCACCUUUCUCAUGCUCUCAUACUGCACAGGUUCAGGUGUAACUUCAAACUGAAAGGAUCCAGCAGUAACAUUUUAUGUGAAUAACACAUAAUGUCAUAAGAUGAGGAAAUAUGGACGUAGGUGGAAUUUUAGAUAGCAGUUUCAAUAAUUUGCCCCUGAGAUGGACGCUACAGAAAGCAAUACGUAUAAUUUAUACAGAUUUGAGUAUUUUGAAAGGCUGUUGAAUUGAUCAUUGAAAAGCGAAACAUGUGGACAAACAAAGAAGCUGCUUAUUUCUGCUCUCUUAUACAGUUCAAUGGUAUAAAGUUUACCCUUUAACAGUUCACUAAAAAUAUAUAUUUGAAUUUCUUUUGACAGUUGUAUUUUAGUGGUGUUCAUCACAUAUUUUGUCAUGACAAGGCAGGAAGUAAGCUAAAGGUUUUCUCUAAACAGUGAGGAUGGUGAUCCUUUAUACUCCAUACAUUUAUAGUAAUAUUCUUAACAUUUAUUUAUCUUCUAAAUACUGCAUACAGUUUAGCUUUUGCAAAUUAGGCUUUAUUGCCUGAAAUCUCAGAAGAUAAUUGCAGUAGGAAAGUCCUGCCUUUAAAUUUUACCAAAUGGUGUUCACUAGCUAGAUGAGCAUUUAUCAACAAAUGAUGAAUAACAUAUAUUCUAACACAUAUGUUAACAAUGACAGAUAUUAAAGUAUGACGUUGUUGUGUCAGAGAUAUGUCAUUCAUUCGAUUCAAAUCAAUAACAUUGAGUCAGUGCCUUUAUUUAAGCUUUGAGGAUUCUGAUUUCCAAAUUAAUCUGUAAACACGUCAAGUACUCUAAUGGUAAAAGCUUGAUGUAUCAAUCAUGGCCCAUGUGUAUGUGUGUGUUCAUUGAGGACCCACUUACCAAAGGCAUAUGAAUCACUAUUUAAAUUUCAACCUUGCUUUUUAAGAGUUAUGGCAGAUGUCCUCUAUCCCAGAUGCCUCAUUUAUAGGGAUAAUAACCUUGUGUGCCAGUAUUCCGAGUUUGUUACUGAAUGUGGAUUUAAACAGUCAUUCCAUUUUAAAAAAUGUUGCUUACUGCAUUUUAUGAAAUCAGAAAGUGGCCUUUGCAUUUGGAGCAUGUGGUGAUUAAUUAAGUGGAUUGGUCUGAUGAAACUGGUAAGAUUUUAUAAACUAUAUAUAAAGCUUUACAGUAGGAUUGCAUGAUUCCAGCAGCAGCAGGAAAGAGCUUUAGAUAAUGACUGUGCAAAUCUAACUAACAAACUCUAACACCAUAUUUAACAAGCACCCGGGUAUGUUUUCCAUAGGCCUAGAUUCAAAUAGCAAUCUUUAACGUUUAUGAGAGGAAUAACAUGUAUGUAUAGAUUUAGCAUGAUGGGUCUUGUAAUUAUAACGUAGGAUCUGGCUUUAUAGCUAGCUUAUAUUGCUGCUUCGGCUGUCUUUCUUUACAUCGGUACUGCUCACAGUACAACGGAUACAGUGUGCUAUUUAUUUCUGUGAUAUAUUGUCACAGCUAUGUCACUAGUAUGGUUGUAACAAGAAGUAAACGAAUGACAAUUGAUUACAUGCAGUCGCAGUAGAUAAAUAUAUUCUCUAUCCAAAAAUAUUAGUUCCAGGCACCAAUGUGCCAGUAAGAGUUGAUGGUAUGUGUUACUUAGACAAGGAAAGAUCAUAGAGUCACUGAUGAAGUUAAAUAACCUGUUUGUUUGCAAUGAAUUAAUUGUAAAAAUUGAAUAUCAUAUAAAAUGAUGUAAUAGUGUUUUAAUGAACUGCCUGUAAAACAUCAUGUGUGCCUACAAGUUUAUAUAUUACUGUAAAUAAAUCGGAAAAUAAAGAUAUUUCUGCAUUUGA